GCAGCUUUGGCGCAUUUUCGGCUGGUUUGAUUCAUCCAUUUUGAAGAGACGGGGGAGCGGGGGGCUCGUCUGAUCCAGGGACCCCGAACCAAGGAGCGGCGGAGUUUGAGACACCAGGAGCCCGGGACUCGGCGGCCGCGGCCUCCUCGGCCGAAGUUCGGGGGGGGUGGGGCGCCGAGUGCGCGGGGUGGGGGGGGUCGUGGUCUUUGGCUUCUCGACUCGGUCCUGUUUGGACAGCGAACAUGUCUCGGCCUGUCAGAAAUAGAAAGGUCGUUGAUUAUUCACAGUUUCAGGAAUCUGAUGAUGCAGAUGAAGAUUAUGGAAGAGAUUCCGGCCCUCCUGCUAAGAAAAUUCGAUCAUCUCCUCGAGAAGCUAAAAAUAAGAGGCGAUCUGGAAAGAAUUCACAGGAAGAUAGUGAGGACUCGGAAGAAAAAGAUGUGAAGACCAAGAAGGAUGAUUCUCAUUCAGCAGAGGAGAGUGAAGAUGAAAAAGAAGAUCAUAAAAAUGUGCGCCAGCAACGACAGGCAGCAUCUAAAGCAGCUUCUAAACAGAGAGAGAUGCUCAUGGAAGAUGUUGGCAGUGAGGAGGAGCCAGAAGAAGAAGAUGAGGCACCAUUCCAGGAGAAAGAUUCCGGCAGUGAUGAAGAUUUUCUAAUGGAAGAUGAUGAUGAUAGUGACUAUGGCAGUUCAAAAAAGAAAAACAAAAAGAUGGUUAAGAAGUCCAAACCUGAAAGAAAAGAAAAGAAAAUGCCCAAACCUAGGCUAAAGGCUACAGUGACACCAAGUCCAGUGAAAGGCAAAGGGAAAGUGGGUCGCCCCACAGCCUCCAAGGCAUCAAAGGAUAAGACUCCUUCUCCCAAAGAGGAUGAUGAGGAACCGGAAAGCCCUGAAGAAAAGAAGACCUCUGCAAGCCCUCCUCCUGAGAAAUCGGGGGAUGAAGGGUCUGAAGAUGAAGCCCAGUCUGGGGAGGAUUAAAAGUGAUGAUAAUGUGGGGAGAGAUUUUAUUAAAAAAAGAAAAAAGAAAAAAAGAGGGUAAAAAAGAGAACCUACUUAAGAUAGAAUAUGGUUCAUGGUUUUGGCUAAGGCUUGACUUUAACGGGCUUUCAGUGCUUUUUCCCAUGUUUUGAAAUAACCCUCUCCCCUUUCUCUCUUCGCUCUCACCAUUGCAUAUGAAGUGUUUAAGUACCUUUUUGUUUAUUGGUCUUCUCUUUGCCACCACCUCCUCCAUUUCCCCAAUGAAAGCCAUGUCAGAUUAAUCACUGGGUUGACCGCUUCAUCUUUUUAUUUUUAAUGGAAGGUAUACUGCAGUUGUAAAGCAAUAAGAUUUUAGAUGAAUACUAUGGAACUUUGCUUUUGGCUAAAGAAUAGUGAGUUGGACUGUCAUCAAAAUCAUAGAAGGUUUUAGUUAAAAAUGAUUGCUUCUUUCUCUGCCUGAACUUAAAAAAAAAUCAGUUGUCAUCUAAUAAGGAGUUUAUAUAAAUCUGUAUACAUACAUGUAAGAAUCUUAAAAAAUCAUGAUUCUAAACUUCCACCGAUGAAGCAGGUAGGAGAUAAAGAUGAGUUCUGAAUCGUUACUAAAAUUCUUCAUGUUUUUUACCUUGGGUCAUGGGAGGGAAUGGGUUACCUGGUCUUGUUUGUGAUUGUGGGUUUUCUUUUUUAUUUCAUCACUUGUUAUCUCAAAAAGACUUGGAGUCAGUGAUCCUUUUAUCCUGCUACAGUCUUUAAGGAACUUAAAAAGAAAAAACAGGGGCUGCCAAAAAUGAAAUCACUUGAUUUCAUAUUUCAUUCUUUUUAAUGGUUCAUAUUUUUUAAAUAUAUAUGUAUCCUGUUUUUUGGAUAAAAUUUUACCAAGAAUCAAAAAAAGACACCUUAGAAUUUAAAGGACAAGAUAAAUCUACAUAUUACUGUGGAUUUCUUCUCAAACUGACAAUGUUUAGGUUUUAAAGAAAUAAAGUUCCAGUUAAUGUGAAGCUCAAUACAAAAGGUUGAGACUUUUCCUUUAUUAAAACUGAGAUGAAAUUCUUUUUAUGUUAUCAUUGUGCAUUUAGAUCCCAUGAAGUAUGCUCUCUUUUUGUUUAUAGAUACAAUAUUCUUUUGUUUUAUACCCCCACUCUUUUCUUUGUAGAAACAUGGUGUGACGUACAUCUCUGCUUCCUGCUGCUAACCUAGAACACCACUGCACAUUCUAGCCCACUCCCUGCCAGCUCUACUACAGGACUCUUCCUGGGUCUGUUCUCUAUUUACUCACAAGAUGGGAAGUAUGUGACAUACUGCUUUUGUAUAUGAAGUGUUUUUAGUAUUGAGUUUACUUGUUUUUAAGUUGGUCUGAACUCUUAUCUAUUGCUCAUGUUUGUUAAAACAAGAGACAGACUAAAGAGUAUAAAAAUGAUGCAUUUUAGGAUGCCUUUGUGCCAUUGAUAACACAUUUUUUACAUGCCUUAGGUAAGCAGGAGAUAGUUCUGUAGAUUUGAUCCUCCAUAUCCUACACCAUGAGCUACUUGGGAGCAGAGUUGAGGAGUCCUAGUAAGCCAAUAAAUUGAAAUUUUAGUGAAAACUAAUACCUAUAUUUUACCUGCACUUAGUGUAAAUUUGCUUCUUCAAUAUCCUACUUUAAUAGUUUUCUUUUUUGUGUUUUAAGGGACAGCGUGGGUUUUUUGACAGUUUCCCUUAUAGGUAUUCUUAAGACAAAAGGUUCUUUAAGGAGUAUUUUUACUCUGAUUUUUAAAACAAUUUAGAAAACAUUCUUAACUCUGAUUUUUAAAAACAAAAAUACCCAGUGGCAUAGUUAUUUCAUUGUUGCACCAUGUUAAAGAAUGGAUAAGACAAGACUUGAACAUAGUUGCACAUGGACUAUUAUCUAAAUAUGAUGGUUAAAUUGAUAGUUUUGAACUCUGUAUAAUGAAUUACUGUGGUCUAAUGUGUUUGUCAGAUAACCAUUUCUAAGAACAAAAACCUUUGUGUUUAUAAAGGCUCGUGAGUGUUUCUACCAUGCACUUCCGGUUUUGGGGGCGUUACAACUAAGUCUUACUUUUCUAGUAAUAAUUGGGCUUUUUUUAGGCUGUGUCACAAAGUUUGACGGGGGGAACACUCACUUUAAUACAUUAAUAUAUACCAACGUGUAUGUGACGUGCACAUACUUCAGAAGCAAUCCUGUCUUCUAAGUUACUUGUGUGCAUUUGAUUGGGCUUUUUGUUUAGGGUCCCUUUUAAAAUUAAUUCAUUACAUUAAAUAUAUUUUCUAUUUCUAAUAGGCUAGACCAAAAUAUCUGUGUCCUCAAGGUCCAAAUGACCUUUAUUUUCUCUACUUAUUGAUGAUUUAAAAUAUUCUUAGUCUUCCCCUAUCAUGCAUGCAAAUAGGACAGUUAUGUGACUCAACUGGAAUUAGGUGCUCAAUAGUCAGGUCUGAAGCAUUACUGCUAUAAGCCAAUAAGUGACUAGCCGUUGGCACCUCCCUUAACUUAACUCCCUCUUUUUCUAGUGUGCCUAUGGUGAAGUGACAGUAGCAUUUGCUGGCUUAGUUUGCAGUGCUCAGGAAGUGAGACAUUAACUUUGGAGGUGCUUGUUUAUGUUAUCUGAACCCUCUAAGAUAGCUCUGCUAGAUUUACCUCUAUAAUACAGAUUUCAGCAGCUAUGCUUACCUAACACUACAUUCUAGGUCUUAAGGUUGUUUCCAGUCUUCCCUCCCCUGGCUAGAAAUAGGUAGCAUCUGUCUUAUCCAGUAGUAACUUAUUGCUGGCUUUAGCCUUCAUCUCAGAUCAAAAUUGGGGGGGUAAGCCCACAGGAUAAGUUUUAAUUACAAUGAUGGUAAAUAUGUCCACUUUGUAAAACACCUCAUGCCACUCCAUAAUGAGGUGUUUACUCUUUAGGAAGGCAGUGAGAGGAAAGCUUUUCAUCUUAGAUAGUACUUUAGUUCUCUUGAAGGAACUUUUGAGAGUGAUUUUUUUUUUUCCUCAUAGUACUGCUUUGUCCCCCAGUUCAUUCUCAGAUUCAAUACAUGUUAGAACUGGUUCAAAUAGCAUUUUCUUGCUUUUAACAAUUCAAAUGAAUUUGAUGUUAUAAUCUAGAUAUAAUCAGAUAUUAUCAACUAAACUGAAUUUAACAUUUUAAUAGUUCUUUCUAUGUCCAUAAACAUUCAGGUAACAUGGGGCAGGAAAUAGUGCUUUUCUUUCAACAAACUUCAGUUUUGGAGUUUCUGUGAGAGUAUUAGAAAGACAGGAGCUACAGGAAAGGCAUUAGCAAAGAUCAUAGGCCACUGUUGCUGCUGUAAAGAACAAGUGACCGUUCUUUCUUUGCCUUCAUUGCCAGUGGUUACACUGAAAAAAAUCUACCACCUUAGGAGUCUGGAAAGUACAAAAUAUGGGCUGUGGUCUCUGUGGCAUUUGACCAAGUUAUCUUAAAUAUACUUCCUGGCAAAGGGUAAGGAAAACUAAAGCAAGCUGUUUGCUCUGCAGGGUAAAAUCUUGCCCUUUUCUCUGUGGAUGAAGCUGAGUUUACUUGAAAAUUGAGAGGUGGUUUAUUGUUUAAAUCUUAGGCCAUCAAGUUUCCAUUUAAACUAAUUUUCCCUUUGUCUUGGACAAACAAUACAUAAUUCUUUUGGAAUAUCAAAUUCAUAAAUUUUACUUUUGUUCAAAGCCUAACACAAAUCACAGUGGUGCUGAUUGUGAUAACCACUAUUGGGAAAAUCCCAUCCAUAUACCUGUCUGUAGCCAGGCCAGUGGAGUGGCGGAACUGAUGAUACCUGUUUUGAGCAUGCCCCGUGUGGCUGGUAGAAUGCCACCGUUGUGCAGACACUUUGUACAUCAGGGGUGAGGGAGGAUUUUCUAGAUUGGGGGGGGAGUAAAAUUGGGAUUCUGUUUUGUUCCUUUUUUGGUGGGGUGUGGGAGUACAGUACUCAGUUUAUGCCCUAAAAUAACGUGUAAAAACCCCUGAAGUAUUGUAUGGGUAUGGGUGUGUGUGUGAGUGCAUUUGUAUAUGUCUGGCAAUUAAACCUUUGUCUUCUGAAAA